GGACUUUUAUCCACAACAAGCCUGUUUGGUGGAAACACCACUGGUGGGAAAAUGUGCAUAUCUUUCUUUGUGUAUUUGAGAAUAUUCAUGUGAAAAUCGGUUGCCAAUUUGCUGGAAACCUAGCUAUCGACGCUCGUCUCACAUUGGUGACGCAGAUCAAAGGGGAGAAUGUACUAUUUGAUGUUUUUUUUAAAAGUUUGCUUAUCUUUCUCAAAGGAAAAACAGUAUGUAAACACUACGAGGCCACACCUAUCCUUCAUCAGUAUGCUAUAAUUUUGUUGCCAAUCUGCAGAGGUCAGAACACCAGCACCUGUGUGAAACUCCUUACGCCAGAGCUGUAUGUUGUUGCAUAUUUUCCUCCUUUAACGUGACCAUGAGGACCGCUGAGAAUGCUCUGUUUUGCCACCUCUACAUGUUACUGCUUUUUGUAGGUUUUUGCCAAGGAAAGGACCUCUUCUUCAAUGACAAAGGACUCCUACUCCCAGAAUCCUACAAGAUUGGCUGGAUGGAGGCUAUUGAUGACGACAAAUUAAUCUCUGACAUCACCAUACCUGGUACCCAUGACACCAUGGCUCUCUAUGGAGGCCCAGCGGCAGAGUGUCAGGCCUGGGAUUUGGGGGAUCAGCUGAGGGCCGGCAUACGCUAUCUGGACCUCAGGAUAUUCGCCUUUGAAAACAAACUCUAUGUCAUGCACUGGGUUGUCUACCAACACAAGUCGUUCUAUGAGGUCCUUGACACGAUCAGAGCAUUUUUGUCUGAAUUCAGAAGUGAGGCGGUUCUCGUUAGAGUAAAGCCUGAUUUGUUUGAUAAAGAGAAUGUUGAGGAGCUGGUUGGAAAAAUGAUUAUUGAUGAUACAGAUGUAUGGGUGAAGUCUGACAUGCCAACUAUGGCUGAGGCAAGAGGAAAGAUGAUAUUUGUACAGAAAUCCAGCUUUAAGCUGGGCAUUCCUCUCUUGGAAACAGACAGCAAAGGUGACUAUGAAGUUACUCAUAUUGCAGACAAGGAGAACAAAAUAGUGAAACACUUGACACAAGCUUCAGGUGAUUGUGGUGGGGAUUAUAUCGUUCUGAGCUACUCCAGUGGCACUGGCAUUGGCACAUUGUUGGGCAUGUUUCUAACUCCCAAGAAGGUGGCUGAAAAGAUUAACCCAUGGCUCGAUCAGUAUCUUAGACAGUUCUCCAGGGACCACAGCAGUGUAUGUUUCGGGGUGAUUGCCAUGGACUUUCCUGGUAUCGACCUCAUUCAAACAGUCAUCAAGAUCAAUGAUUGGUGAAGUGUUCACCCAUGGAAGUCAUGAUUAUAUUGCUUUCUGAAAUGUUAGUUUACGCAAUUAGAUUAAGUGCAGCAACAACACAUGACACAUACUACACUUAAUUGUGCUCAUAUUGAAAAGGAGCGAGAUAGAAGACUGACAAAGUAAAGAAUUUAAUGAUUGGAACGUAGUAUUGGCAUGCGCUCUUAAACAACAAUAAUGAAGACUUAGCACUACACGUCUUUGUACUUUGCCCCUGCUUGCUGUAUUAAAAACAACGAAAAUCAUUAAAAUGGCAAAGAACAAC